AUGGGUCUUAUUGGAAAAAGUUUUGCUUCAAAAUUGAAAAACAUAACAUUACUUGCAAUUUCUAGGAUUGCAAUCUUGAAGAAUCAUCGCAAAGCUAGAGCUUCUUAUGCUAACUAUGAUGUUUCUCAACUCUUGAAACUUGGUUACCAUGAUCAAGCUCUUGUUCGCGUGGAACAUUGGAUUGUAGAGCAAAAUAUGUUGGAUGCAUUUGUCAUGAUUGAAGAUUAUUGCAAUGUCCUAAGAGAAAAAUCUCAAGUACUUGAAAAUAAUAAGGAGUGUCCCAUUGAUCUCAAAGAAGCAACAUGCAGCCUUAUUUUUGCAUCAUCAAGGUGUGGAAAUUUUCCAGAAUUACACAAAAUCCAAGAGAUUAUGACUUCAAAAUUUGGGAAAGAAUUUGCAAAUCAUGCUAUUAAAUUGCAUAAAAAUAAUGGAGUGAACUCUAAGUUGAUACAAAAGCUCUCAUCAAGAUUAAUCACAAUGGAAACCAAAAUGAAUGCUAUAAGGAAAAUUGCUUCAGAAAUUGGAGUUACUUUGCCUUUUGAGGACACUACAUUGUCAAAUAAGGAAAAAUUAAAUGCUGACCAAAGGCAAAAUAAAUUAGAAAGCAAGAAUCAUAGUAGUGUUGAAUCUGUUGAAGAUGUUAAAUAUGAAGAAGAUAUUCCACAUGAUCCUAAUCAGAAUGUGAUUCAAGAUAAGAAUCUAUUUGAUGUGAAUGAGGAAAAGAGAAGGAACAAAAAUGCUGCAGAAGCUGUUCUACAAGCUUUGGAAUUAGCAAGUUUUGAGAUAAGUAAAUACUCAAACCAUAAACAAAAGGAUGUAGUAGUUUCAAAAAGAAACUAUAGUAUUGAUCUUAAAGAUGAUGAAAUGAUAGCACAAGAGAAUGCAACAAUAUUAGUUUUAAAGAAAAAUGCAAAUAGAGAAAGUGACAUGGUUGGUGAAUUAAGCUCAUACAAGAGUUUGGAUGAUGAUAAUGAUCAUAAAAGUGAGUUUGAUGAAGCUAGAGAAAAUGAAGAUUUGAGUGAAGAAAAAACAUACCCUUCUUCACAAGCUAUUAGAUGGAAUCCACAAAGGUCUCAAAGUAAUGUUGAUGUGAAUCUCAUGGUAAAAAGACAUGUAAAGAAAAUGCAUACACAUCACGAACAUUUGGAUUGGAAGAUGAUGUCAGUGAGAACCAGAUGA